CUCCCUCGAUCCGGCUCUUAACGCUGGGCUAUGGAAAUCCCGGUACUACCUAAUGGGGAGACGCUGCGAUCGAUCACUCUAAUGUCGGGAGCUCUCACAUUUGAUCGACGACGCGGGAGAAGAGACGAUAUCGAUUCCAAUGGCUGCGAGGAUUCUAGUCUUGAUGGCGCUGCUCGAGGAAGGAUAUGGCAGCCGCGGGAUGCUCGAAGACUUGGGAAACGCGCACAGAAGAGUUCCAGAGGAGGAAUCGAGCGCUCCUCCGCCAGCGUCGUCUUCGAUCGCCGCCAGUGGCUCCGCCGCGACUAGGCCAGCGCUGGGAUUCCCUCUGGGCACAGCGCUCAUCCUCUUCCUCGUUUUCGGAGUGAGUACUCUCUUCUCUUGCUGCUACCACUGGGAGAAGAUCCGGAGCCACACUGGCAGGCUCACUGCAAACCGGAGCUCCGCCAUGGAUUCAUCCGCGACGAGUUCCUCCGCGGGCGCUGCUGAUGGCGCCGCCGGCGAUCGAUGCUGCGAAAUCGAUCCACCCAAGUGCACCAAACAGUCUCUCAUCUUGCCAGUGUUGAUGCCUGGCGAUCAAAUCCCUAGGUACGUCGCGUGGCCCUCUCCUCAUGGAAUCCCAGACGAAGCUAUUAACUAAUGCUAGUUUACACGAUAACUAUUGUCAGUUAUGACGUGGAUCCUUUAAUGUCCAGGCUAAAGAAAGCCCUAAGGUUUAAAUGCAAGCCGAGCUUUUGACUGCCA